AUGAAAAUAUUGUUAAAGGAAUUCGUUUUUGGUUUUAUAUAUAUAUGGAUAGUGAAAGUGAUAAAGCACCGCUUUUAUCACCAGAACAACUUGAACAAAUUUCUCGUAAUGUGGUUCAACUUCUUACACCAAUAAUCGAGACAACAAUUAAAACUCUUUUUCAACAAUUAAAUCAGCAAACUAGCAACAGUCAACAAACUUUUGAACUCAAACAGCAAACAUUAAGAUGGGGAUGUCCCCCCAAUCUAAUGCCACCAAAAAUUCAACAAGCUGCUACAACAAUUGAACACCUUCAUCAGCCUAUAUUCGAUGAAAAACUCAAGGAACUUUAUGA